AUGCUACUUCCUGCCCACUUGCGCAGCAGCAGCGGCCGCAUCUGCAGCAGCAGCAGCAGCAGCAGCAGCAGCAGCAGCAGCAGCAGGAUGCAUGCAUUGAUGCGGCUGCCAGUUCACCCCGUGCCCGACGCCCUAGAGCCCCCGCGGGCUCCUUUUGGAUUUGAGUUUUUGCUGCAGCAGCUGCCGCCAUCUGCUGUGGGGUUUUUCACUUCUUUGCGGCAGCAGCAGCAGCAGCUGCCGCUGCAGCAGCAGCUGCAGCUGCUGGCAGCAGCAAGGGACUUCUUGCUGCAGAACUCCGAGGCCCUCAAGGACUACGGGGCGGUGCAGCCGCGGCUGCAGCAGCAGCUGCAGCAGCGCUACCAGAUGCUGCUGCAGAAGCUGGACGAAGAAAAGCAGCAGAUACUCGCCAGGCAGCAGCAGCAGCAGCAGCAGGCGCAGGAAGAGGACCCGCAAGCCCAGCAGCAGCAGCAGCAGCAGCAGCAGCUAGCGGAAGACGAGGCCCCACUGGGGGCCCACGGAAUUGCUGCUCGUGUGUCGCUGCAGCAGCUGCGGGCUGCCCUGGGAGUAGGCGAGUCUCUGGACGCAGCAACAGCCAAGUUGCUGCUGCAGCAGCAGCAGCAGCAGCAGCAGCAGCAAAGAGAGCCCGAGCCAGUGCGGCUCAAACCCCCCGCGGUGCUUUUGACCCUCGAUGAUAUUUAUGGACGAGUCUACAACCCCCAAGUCCUCAAGAAGCAGCUGGUGUACUACCUGGAAACUGAGGGGGCCCCCACUUGCCGGCGGCUGCUGCGGCUUAACAAGGGAGUGUUUGGGAAGCAUGAGGCGCUGCUGCUGCUGCGCGAGCUGCAGCAGCAAGUGGAGCAGCAGCAGAAGAAGCUGCUGCUGCAGCAGCUGCAGCAGCUGCAGCAGCAGACAGACGCAGCAAUGGCUGUCAUCUUCAAGCAGAGGGAGCAGAUACAGAAGCAUCUCGAGAAGCAGCAGCAGCAGCAGCAGGAGCAGCAGCAGCAACAGCAGCAGCAGCAGCAGCAGCAGCAGAGCAGCAGACAUAGGAGGGGAAGGAGUCACAUAGAGGAGCUGAAAUUUGCGCUGCAGCAGCUGGAGAAGCAGCAGCAGCUGGCAGAAGAGAAGCAUCGGCAGCAGCAGCAGCAGCUGCAGCAGCAGGCAAUUGCUGCUGCUUCUGAAGCAGCAAGAGUGCUCUAUAGGGGCUUCCGCGAGCACGGGUCUUUUAGGCCAAAGCCCCUAAACCACUGGAAGCACAGGAGAAAGGUCGCUCCUGACUCACUUGCUCCGUACAUUUUAGGGCGUGCAGGCUCUACCGCGUGGGAACGCCACCAAGUCACUUCUGCCUUCGCAGCUUGUGUCUCUGGGGGUCACCUUUUUGCUGCAUGCAAAAUUCUGCGGCUUCAGACAGAGGGUCUAACGCGCAACGCGCGUUUCCGGCUUCGCAAAGCAGCAGCAAAAGCGCGGCAGCGGCGCUACACCUUGCCGGCUUACCUAAAAGCAACACCAGCCGACAGCAGCAGCAGCAGCAGCGGCAGCAGCAGCAGCAGCAGCAGCAGGUUCUUUGGGUCCUGCAGCACUGCUGACGUGACCUUCUUGAGGAAAGUUUACCUCUCUACUGUCCGCAGGCCCCGAGUGCAUGCAAAGUUGGCAGAAGUUGCUUCUCAUUGGCAGCAGCAGCAGCAAGACCUUGCCUUGCAGCAGCAGCUCGACGCCCUCAGGGCCCGUCGGGACGCCGAGCGCGCGAAGUGGUUUGCUGCUAAAGGCAUUGACCUGCAGCUGCUGCAGCAGCACGCGCGGCAGCUGCAGCUGCAGCCGAAGGAAGCAGGAAACAUCCAGGGCUUCUUCAGCAGCAAAGAUUUCAAUCUGCAGCAGUGGCUCGAGGAAACGCCGCCGGGGCUGCUGCGCCCUUACGAGCAGCAGCAGCAGCAGCAGCAGCAGGAAGAGGAGGCGCUGCAGGAGAUAGGAGAAGAAUGA